AUGGCGGAAAUGGCGGUGUCUUUAGCUGUUGACCAACUACUUCCACUGUUAAAAGAAGAAGCCAAUCUGUUGAGGGGUAUUCACAAGGAGUUUGCAGACCUUAAAUAUGAACUGGAAAGUAUUCAAGCAUUCCUUAAGGAUGCAGAUAAAAGAGCCGCAACAACUGAAGGAGUCAAAAUUUGGGUGAAGCAGGUUAGGGAAGCAGCUUUUCGUAUUGAAGAUAUCGUUGAUGAUUAUAUGAUCCAGGUGGAACAAAAGCCUCCUCAUCCUGGAUGUGUAGCGUUGUUCCAUAAGCUCAAAAGUAUGAUCCCUCGCCGUCGAAUAGCGUCUGAGAUUCAAGACGUUAAGUCAUAUAUUCGUGGGGUGAAGGAAAGAAGUGAAAGAUAUGGCUUCCAAGAACAAAGAUCAAGCAGUUCUGAAGACAAUCGAAAUUCUAAAUGGAACGACCCUCCAGUGGCUGCUCUUUGCAUUGAAGAAUCUGAAGUUGUGGGCUUUGAAGUGCCAAGGAAAAGAUUGACUAAUUGGAUGGUAAAGGGAAGGAAAGACCGCACCGUAGUUUCUGUGGUAGGAAUGGGGGGGCAAGGAAAAACCACUCUUGCCAAGAAAGUUUUUGACAGCAAGGAUGUCACCAGAUACUUCGAUUGUCGUGUAUGGAUCACAGUCUCUCAAUCAUAUAAUGUUGAAGAGUUGUUGAGGGACAUGCUUAUAAAGUUUUACAAAGAAAAAGGAUGCAAUGUUCCUAUGGAUAUUUCUCGAAUGGAUCGAGCGUCAUUGACUGAUGAAGUGCGGAAAUACUUGCAGCAAAAGAGGUACGUUGUCGUGUUUGAUGAUGUUUGGAGUGUACAUUUUUGGGAUGAUAUUGAAUUUGCUGUAAUUGAUAAUAAAAAUGGAAGUAGGAUAUUUAUCACAACUAGGAACCAAAAUGUUGUGGUUUCUUGUAAAAAAUCUUCUUUCAUUGAGAUGCUUGAAUUGCAACCUUUAACUCAAAAACAAUCUUUAGAGUUGUUCAAUAAGAAGGCAUUCAAAUUGGACUAUGAUGGGUGCUGUCCAAAAGAGCACACUGAUUUAGCCAAUGAAAUUGUUCAAAAAUGCAAUGGCUUACCACUUGCAAUUGUUACCAUUGGUGGUCUUUUGUCUACAAAAGAGAAAACUGGGCUUCAGUGGGAUAGAUUUAGAGAAAACAUAAUUUCAGAGCUAAAGAAAGAUACUCAUUUAAUAGGGAUAAAAGAAAUUAUUGGUUUAAGCUAUGAUGAUUUGCCUUAUUAUCUCAAGUCAUGUUUGUUGUAUUUUGUAAUAUAUCCAGAAGAUUAUGCAGUUAGAUCAAAGAAAGUGAUUCAACAAUGGAUAGCUGAAGGGUUUGUGAAGAAGGAAAUAGGGAAGACUUUGGAAGAAGUUGCAGAAGGAUAUUUAACGGAGUUGAUCCAUAGAAGCUUGGUGCAAGUAUCCUCGCUUAGAUAUGAUGGUAAGGUUAAACGUUGUCGUGUUCAUGAUCUAAUACGCGAUAUGAUGCUUGAAAAAAAUGAGGAUUUAAAUUUUUGCAAGUAUAUUAGUGAUGGUGAACAAUCACCCUUAAGUGGAAUAGUUCGACGCUUAUUAGUAACAACCGAAUUAACAACCACCGGUUUUUAUGAUUUAAUUCCGAGUACUGAUAGGUUGCAUGUUCGAUCAUUAUUUAUUUUCUCAAAUAAUGCAUCAACUUUCUUAGUUUUUGGGAGAAUCCCUACAAAAUUCAGGUUGUUGAAGGUUCUUGAUUUUGAAUAUGUUCGAUUAUUGCAUGUUCCUAAUGAGGUUGGAAGUUUGAUCCAUUUGAAGUAUUUAAAGUUCAACUAUAUUAAGGAUGGUAAAAUUCCAAAAUCCAUUGGCAUGCUCCAGAACCUAGAGACCUUAGAAGUAACGAAUACAGAUACCCUUCAGUUGCCGAAAGAGAUUAGCAAGCUUAGAAAGCUAAGACAUCUUAUCGGUACUAAUCUUUCUUUGAUUGAACUAAAGAAUGGUAUUGGAGAGAUGACAUCCCUACAAACGCUACGAAAUGUUGAUUUAGAUAUGAAUGGAGCAACAGAAGUAAUUAAAGAGUUAGGAAAGCUGAAACAAAUCAGGGAUUUGGGGUUGAUUAAUGUUCAUACAGAAGAUGGAAGCAGUAUAUCUUCUUCAAUCAAUGAAAUGCGACACUUGGAGAAACUAUUUGUUGCAUCAUCAUCUAAGAGAUCUAAGAGUUUUCUUAAACUCGAUGACGUGCAUUUGAAUUCCACGUCAACUAUGGUUCGCAAACUUACACUAAAUGGGUUGUUGAUGAAGUUGCCAGAGUGGAUUCCAGAGUUUCAAAAUCUUGUUGUGUUGAGGUUGAUGUAUUCAUUCUUACAUAAAGAUCCAAUGCCAUCACUAAAAAAUUUGCAGCACUUGUUGAUUCUCUCUAUUAAAGAACUUGCUUAUGAUGGUCUAUGUUUGCAUUUUGAAGAUGGAGGGUUUCAGAAACUAAGGGAACUGUAUGUUGAAACAAGUACCUUGAGAGUUAUUAUUAUCGACAAAGGAGCACUUCCCUCUCUGAAAAAGCUUCGGUUAUACAAACUCUUCUCUAUGAAGAAUAUACCCAUAGGAAUCCAACACCUAGAGAAGCUUGAAGUUCUCUAUAUUGGGCAUACUGGAAUUGAACAUUUGGAGGACAUUUCUACUGAAGAUUGGAAUUGGAUCUUCAAGCAUGUGCCCACAUUAGAAAUUAAUACCCGUACUGGGUUUACUACUCUAAAUCUACACCUACUGGAUUUACUAUAA